AUGCCAAACAUCGUCGUCCUCGGUGCUGGAGUCUCAGGACUCACCACAGCUCUCUUGCUAUCCAAGAAACCAGGAUACAAUGUGAUUGUGGUAGCAAAACAUAUGCCAGGUGAUUAUGACAUUGAAUAUACAUCACCAUGGGCAGGUGCAAACUAUUUGCCAAUGGCAGAUGAGGCUGGAUCGAAGUAUGAGAGGAAUACUUGGCCGGAACUAGCUCGUCUUGCGAGAGAUGUACCGGAAGCGGGUAUUCAUUUUCAGAACACACUCUCCCUCAACCGCAAAAAAGACGCCUCAACCCCAACAGGCCAAUGGCUUAAGGUCCUCACCUCCCAAGACCCCUGGUUCAAAACCGUCGUCCCUGACUUCCGUAUCCUCCCCAAAUCUGAAGUCCCUCCAGGCGCCGACUCCGCAACAGCAUUCACAUCCGUCUGCAUCAACACCGCCAUCUACCUCCCCUACCUUGUCUCCCAAUGUCUCUCCUCCAACGUCCUUUUCUUCCGCAAAACCCUAACCCACAUCUCGCAAGCCCGCUCUCUCCAUCCCUCCGGAACCGCAGACAUAGUAGUAAACUGUACUGGCUUGCUCGCCUCCAAACUCGGCGGCGUAAUGGACUCCACCGUCAUCCCCGUCCGCGGCCAAAUCGUCCUCGUCCGUAACGAUCCCGGCGUAAUGCUGACCAUCUCCGGCACCGACGACGGCGACGACGAGGUUUGCUAUAUCAUGAAGCGCGCGUGUGGCGGGGGUACGAUUCUCGGCGGGACGUACCAAAAAGGACGAUCCGAGUCGCAGCCGGAUCCGAAUACCGCGAUGCGCAUUAUGAAGCGGGCGGUGGAGUUGUGUCCGCAGUUAACUGGGGGGAAGGGGAUUGAAGCGUUGGAUGUGGUGAGGCAUGGUGUUGGGUUGAGGCCGUUGAGGACGGGCGGCGUGAGGAUUGAGAAGGAAAGGGUGGAUGGGGGGUGGGUGGUUCAUAAUUAUGGGCAUGGUGGAUGGGGGUAUCAGGCUAGUUAUGGGUGUGCGGGGGAGGCUGUUGAUCUUGUGGAGGAGGCUCUGAAGGAGAGGGCGAGGUUGUGA